AUGUCCCUCUGCGACGACACACUCCUGUGCAACUUCCCAAAGUGCCGCACCAAGCUGAGCGGCUUCGCCUGGGUCACAGCCUGCUCUCACGUCUUCUGUGAGAAGCACGGGUCGGGCGAGUUCAGCCACUCUCCUGUCUGCUGCCCGGCCUGCUCCUCUGCGCUCUCGGGGAAGCUGGACAUCGUGAGGACGGAGCUGUCGCCCUCCGAGGAGUACAAGGCCAUGGUGCUGGCAGGUCUGCGGCCAGACAUCGUGCUGGACAUCAGUGCCCGUGCUCUGGCCUUCUGGAGCUAUCAGGUCCAUCAGGAGCGCAUGUACCAAGAGUACAGUCUUUCCCGGGCAGAGUCGCAGCUGAAGCAGAUGGAGAAGGUGUUGAACCAGCAGAACCAGAGCAGAGAGCUGGACCUCGCCGCCAUGAGAGGGGAAAUCACUUCCCUGAAGAAAGUGAUGGAGGAGUAUAAGAGGAAGUACAGUGAGGUGUCUGAGCGGCUGAUGGACAGGAACCGACAGCACCAGAAACUCCAGGGGCUCUACGACUCUCUGAGGCUGCGCAACAUGGUGGUGGGUGUCGGGGAAAGAGAUGGGCAGCCACAACCAGGACAUCGUGACUUCAUCACAGGGACGGCUCGAGCAGCGUCUCCCCAGAGAAGCCCCGAGUUUCACUUCAUGGGCCCUGAUGUGGACACUCGAUUCUUCUCCUGCCUGGAGGCAGAAGGAACCAAGACUUUCUUCCAGUUCAGCUCCCCUACCAGGGAGCGAUGCCGGCCAUUCAUCAAGAAGCACUGAGAGGAGCAGGUUUCAUAACGGC